UGGUACGAUAUCACCAAUGUAGAUCUUGAACCACGAGUUUUCCCUUUUUCUGCUCAAUGACAAUCACACUGAGAUACUUUAUUUGCUUAUCUUUGAUAACAAAAUCCAAUGGCUCAAAAGCGACCGAUAAUUCCGUACGAUAGAGUGUCCCUUGGCAGUGGUUGUAUUCGUGGUCAGUCAAUUAUCCGAAAAGGAAAUUGUUCAACUCUGUUUGUCAAUUUGUUGUCUGGGACUUCUCGUCUCCUGUGCUAUUUUUGCUCCUCGGGUUUUCUAUGACAUGCAAGUGAUUCCACCGACGUAGUCUUGGCAAUAUAGAAAAAUAUGCGAGGUUCACUUGAGUAUGGAAAUUCCAGUAUGUUACAGGACUGUAACAAAGGAGUUAGCGGGAAGCACAAGAAAUGAGUCAAAUCCCGCAAUACCUGGGAUAAACAACAUGGUGCCCCAAGUAAAAAUAUCCCUGCAAGUAUCCAGGUGUCAAGUUUACUAUGAGCGAUCUAGAAUUUGGAGCGAAGGAUCGCCAAUGUUCUAUUUUCAUAAAUAGAAAACCUCUUAUUCUAUGCUGCU